CGCGGCUACGCGCGCGGGGCGGGGCGGGGCCGGGCUGGGCCACGGCGCUGGCGGCUCUGAGAUUUCAGUGCGACUCCAGCCCGUGGCCCCGCCGCCAUGAGCACCAAGCAGGUCACCUGCAGGUAUUUUAUGCACGGUGUAUGUCGCGAAGGCAGCCAGUGCCUGUUCUCACAUGACUUGGCGAACAGCAAGCCGUCCACCAUCUGCAAAUACUACCAGAAGGGCUACUGCGCCUACGGUGCACGCUGCAGAUAUGAUCAUACAAAGCCCACAACUGCAGCAGGUGGAGCUGUGGGUCCUGCACCCCACCCUUCGCCCUCCUCAGGCCUGCAUAGUCCUCAGCCUUCUCCCAGCAUUGCCACAUCUGUUAUGAGGACACAUUCGAAUGAACCUGGAAAGCGGGAGAAGAAGACGCUGGUGCUCAGAGACCGCAAUCUGACUGGUCUGGCUGAAGACAAGACUCCUCCAAGCACAGUGAAUAAUCCAGGUGGCUGCAGUGACCCUCAGCCCAGCCCAGAGACGAAGCCCCACUCCUACCUAGAUGCCAUCAGGACUGGCCUGGAUGGCUUGGAGGCCAGCAGCUCCUACAGCAAUGUGCAGCAGCUGUGCCCCUAUGCUGCUGCUGGGGAGUGCCGGUUUGGAGAUGCCUGUGUCUACCUGCAUGGGGACAUGUGUGAGAUCUGCAGGCUUCAAGUCCUCCACCCCUUUGACCCAGAACAAAGGAAAGCUCACGAGAAGAUGUGUAUGUCGACAUUUGAACAUGAGAUGGAAAAGGCUUUUGCCUACCAGGCGAGCCAGGACAAAGUGUGCAGCAUCUGCAUGGAGGUGAUCCUGGAGAAAGCAUCUGCUUCUGAGAGGAGGUUUGGCAUUCUCUCCAACUGCAGCCACACCUACUGCCUGUCCUGCAUCCGUCAAUGGCGAUGUGCCAAGCAGUUUGAAAACCCGAUAAUAAAGUCAUGUCCAGAGUGCCGUGUGAUAUCAGAGUUUGUAAUUCCAAGUGUGUAUUGGGUAGAAGAUCAGAAUAAAAAGAAUGAAUUAAUUGAAGCUUUCAAACAGGGAAUGGGGAAAAAGGCAUGUAAAUACUUUGAACAAGGCAAGGGGACCUGCCCCUUUGGAAGCAAGUGCCUUUACCGCCAUGCUUACCCUGACGGGAGGCUGGCAGAGCCAGAGAAACCUCGGAAGCAGCUAAGUUCUGAAGGCACCGUGAGGUUCUUUAACUCAGUGCGGCUUUGGGAUUUUAUUGAGAACCGAGAAACCCGGCAAGUCCCCAGCACUGAUGACGUGGAUGUGACGGAGCUAGGAGACCUCUUCAUGCACCUUUCUGGAGUAGAGUCAUCAGAACCCUAGUUAGCGCUGAUGCCUUCAUUUGGGCUCUGAAGUCAACUUUCCAAGGCAUGGUGCGGACACAUCUGUCACUGACCUGUGGUGACAUGGUACUGGGAUGUGAGUGCAGCAGUGAGUCCACUUGGUCUCUUCAUGAUCCACUUUCUCUGCCCUGGUGAAGGGAAGGGAGCUCACCAAGUCCAUGGAAUCACUACAUUUAGAGUUGAGUUGUACCUCCAGCCCCUUUAUCAGGAACCAGCUAUGUGGUCCAGCUGUUUUAAUUGAUUGCUUUUAAAUGAAAUCUGACUGCCAUC